ACGAACACGUACACAGCGCCAGACUGACAAUGAUUGGUGUUCAAAUAGCGUUGAUAUGCAUGGUUUUAGUUUCUUCGUCGGUGCUCUGUGAAGAAACUUUGGCGGAAUGGCAAGUGACGUUCAAACAGAAUUUUAAAGAUAUGGAUUCUGAUCAUGAUAACAAAGCAACGUUUUCCGAAUACGAAGAGUUUUUCCUUCAUGGUAAACUACAGCAGACUCUCCAGGAAUACCUGCAGGUGAUGCCGGAUCUCGAUGACAGUGAACGACAAAUUCUCACAGACGAUUUCAGAUUUUUCGACAUUGAUGGCGACGACAUCUUGUCCGUGUCUGACCUUCAACACAACUUCAACACCAUCGAUCACAACCAUGACGGUUACAUCGAAGAACCAGAAUUUGUUGCUUAUGCAAGCAGGAUGUAUACGGAAAAACAACACCCAGCGUUUGGUAAAUGAAUGUUUGAAAGAAGUUCAGUUUGCCUAUACAUGUCGUGAGAAUCAACGUACUGUUACUUUGUUAAUACAAAUUGAACAAAAAUACACUGGAAAUCAU